AUGAAUUUCCAGUACAUUCAAAAGAUACCACUCUCAACCUCUCAUGGUAUUUACUAUCGGGCUGAUCAAGUAGAAAUAUCAUACCAUCAUGAGUGUAUUUUGGUAAGCCUUUUGGAUCGGACCGAGGGUCUACGUGGUUUUAUAUUACGGAACAGUGCCAUUCAAGUCUUUGAUUUAAAUACGAGAGAAUUUAAAACAAUGAUUAAAUUUCCAACUCUGGAUGCUCUUUGUUUUAAAAUUGAAGAGAAUGAUGAGUUGGGCGGUGAUGCAUGGUUGGUGUGUUGGCCGAACUCGAGUUUGUUCAAGUGCGAUUUAUCGAAAUUACUUUUGGAGAAGAAGGAAGAACGUCAAUUUGAGAAUUCAUCUGAAUAUUGUAUUUGGGAAAAGCAAGUUGGUUUCUCCAUUAUAGGUAUUUCACUUGUAAGAUCACAACAUCAAUGUUAUGUCUUUGGUGGAAAUACUGUUCAAGUGUUGAAUUUGACAUCAGGAGAUUGCAUGAGACAAUUCCAAAUGGAAGUCUCGCCGCAAUGGAUGAUAUUUGAUGAUAGUACUUGCAUGUGGAUUGUUGCAGAUGGUUCUUAUUCAGUAAAUAUUUAUCAAUUCCAUAACGAUGGAAAUACAUGGAAUAGAUUAACAACAUUAACUCGUGAUCUCAAAACGACCAUGUUGAUGGUUGAUUCUGUAUCAAAGAAUAUCAUGACGAUGAACAGUUAUGGAACCAUAGAAAUUACCACAAUGGAUGGAAAUAUGAUAAAAUCGCACUCAUUGAGAAAACGAACGUUUGGAAUGAAUAUUAACGAAAUCACUGGAGAAUUAUUAGUCAGUCAUAAUGGUGGUAUUGACAUUUUCAAAUAA